UCCAGUCGCAUUAACGAAUUGAAGCCCAUCUUUUUUAUUCUACAAAUUUUUCUUGAAAAUAGUUAAACCGCUAGCCAAAAGGCCCAAAAAUCGUCACCGAUCACUCCGCUCCAUACAACAAUGGUGGCCACCGGCGGAUCAAGAAACACCACCGCCAAACCCACCACCAAGAAACGCCGCAGCAAGAAACCCCAACAAAUUCCCCUCCACCAAACCCUCACCGACCUCCUCUCCCUCGUUGCCUCCGCCACCUCCUCCGCCCACUCCUUCCUCUCCCACCACGACCUCCGCCUCCUGCCCUCCCAAACCCUCCUCCUCGAAUCCCACCUCUCCUCCACCUCCACCUCUCUCUCCUCCCUCCUCUCUCUCCUCCCACACCCCCUCCCUCUCUCUCCUCCCCCCUCUCUCUCCUCCCCCCCACCCCCCUGCUGGUUCCACCGCUUCCUCCUCUCCUCCUCUGACUACGACCCCAGAUGGGUCGAAUCCUUCCGCAUGUCCAAACCCUCAUUCUCUCUCCUCCUCCGCCUCCUCACCCCUUCUCUCUCCUCCCUCUCCCCUCCCCCCCCCCCUGACUACGCCCUCGCCGCUGCCCUCUUCCGCCUUUCCCACGCCGCCUCCUACAAGUCCCUCGCUCGCCGCUUCGACCUGAACUCCUCCGCCACCGCUUGUCGCACGUUUUACACGGUAUGCAAGGCUAUUAUUGAUAAAUUAGGUCACUUGUUCGAAUUCAAGUCGGAUAUCAAGAGAAUUGUGGUGGGUUUUGGUUGGAUUUCGCUCCCGAAUUGUUGCGGGGUUUUAGGGUUUGAUCAGUUUCAGGUAGAUGGUGAGUUGCUGGGUGAAGAUGGGUCUUUGAUGGUUCAGGCAUUGGUGGAUUCAGAAGGGAGGUUUCUUGAUGUUUCAGCCGGGUGGCCGAGUACGAUGAGUCCUGAAACAAUGUUGCGACAAUCGGGGUUGUUUACAGGCGUGGAAGAGUCUAGAGAGUUGUUGGAUGGACCGUGUUUUGAGCUAAGUGAUGGCAGUUCAAUACCUCAGUACAUAUUGGGUGACUCUUGUUUUCCACUCUUGCCAUGGCUUCUUACACCUUUUGUUAAGUCAGACUGUAAUAAUGGGUUGAAUUCCUCUGAAAGGGCGUUUAAUUCAGUUCACAGGGAAGCAAUGGAAUUGGCUGGGAUGGCGUUUGGGAGAGUUCGGGCGAGGUGGAAACUUGUUUCGAAUCGGUGGAAGGAGGAAUGCAUUGAGUCUUUCCCUUUCAUUAUUGUUACUUGUUGUUUGCUGCAUAAUUUUCUUAUCAAGUGUAGUGAGGCAUUGCCUGAUGUGAAUCUGGGGGAUUCAGAGGACCAAGACGUGCUGAAUGCCUUUGAAGGAGAGGUGGAUGACGAUGGAGUCAGGAUUAGGGACGCACUUGCAUUGCACUUGUAUCGGGUGAGUCAGAGGAGAUAAAUGAUGUAACUAUGCUUGUAGUUGCUUGUCCUUUUUGUUAAACUUAAUGGUGGUAACUAGAAAGUAGUUGUGAGUAAAGUUGGGUGAGUUUGAGGACAUUGCUCAUUGCUAGUUUGCUGUUUUAGUGCUUUAAUAUUGAAAAGUGGUCCUACUGACGGAAUUGGUCAACUGCAUUAUGAUUUA